AUGUCUACCCAAGUUUUCUGUCGUAAAGUUCAAGAAAAAAAGAAACAAUUUGAGCAUUUCUGCAAUAAUUCGCCAAAUUCCAACUACUUAGGACACACACCAGAUUGUGACUUAGAACGUCUCUCCGAAAAAUAUUGGGGCGAAAUUCUCGAACGUACAGUUUCUUCUAGUUCUCUAGCUGGUCCUCAACAAAAUCACCCAGAAAUAAAAUUGGACUGUAACGGAGGCAUCGAACUGAAUAUUCUCAAGAAUUCAUUAUCGGAUUUAUGAAAGCUAGAUAAGACCACGCAAACUUUUGAUUUGAUAAGCGAGAGCAUGGGUAGCUCCGCGGAAACUGCUAUCGUUACCAAAUAACAGUUGCGUGGUCAAUUUUUUUGUUAUUAAUAUCUAUUGUUAUCAAUUUGUCAAAAUGUGGAAAAAUAUUAUGGGCAUUUAAGACAAACAUGAAAUCUUCAGUGAUAAACUUUAACGCCUAUUGAAAGAGAAAUGUCUUAAUUCAAUAAUUUGUUGUUGACAAUCGUAAUUAACGAUCAACGUUCAACUAUAAGGUGAUUUUAUUACCUAGGUCUAUACCAAUGAUACCUAUCUACCUACGCAGAGAGUCAUGAUUUUUAAUCACAACAUUUCAGGUGAACUUAGAAGUGAUAAUUGACUGAUAGGCGCGUAUUCCUGACUAAUUCUGUCACUAUAGACGAAUAAGAAAAAAUAAGUUUCCUAUAUUAACAUGAGUUUGGCAACGUUUUCUUUUCAGGAUGCAAACAAUAAUAAUAAUUCCAAAACCACUUCAUUAACAUAAUUUUUUUUUUUAAAUGAUCAAUUUCAUCCAUUUCAUUUCUUCAGUUGGUGUAGCCAAGAGUAGGGCCGUUACCCACUUUCAAGUACAGGUAAUCGACCCAAAAAUGUACAAAAAAAAAAAAAACGAAUUAUAUUUGAGACACCAUGGUUAAGCAAGCGUUUCAAUCGGUAAAAUUUUACAUUGUGAAUAAAUGCAGAGGAGACAGAACAGGGGCGAAGUUCUUGACAUGAUGGCGUACCCUUGUCAGCGUUUCUCGUCGCUCUCAUUAUUGGAGAUUUUUCGCCUUCAGUUAAUAAAGUUAGGUUCGGUACCAAAGUGGUUUUAGGAAAUAGAUCCAAUAUUUCAAUGGCGAGGCAAAGAAGGGCUGUACUUUCUUAUACCAUUAGCCUAACAGGCACAAGUAUAGAGUUUUUAAUACUCAUUUAGAAGUAUCAGUCGUUAUAGUGACUAAAUGUAUGUCGGUUCUUGAAUACACAAAUAAAAUUAGGUUAGAAAUUUUUUAUUUGUAUUAGCCUAUCCAAAACACGUGACUUUGACAAGCAAACAAAGAGUUUGUGUGCCUCUCGGCGGACAUUUUAAUUUGGGUUUGACAGCAUCUUGGAUAGUCUAAUAUGAAAUUGACGUAUUAGCAAUCGCCGUUCGUUUUUGUUGGUAAUUUUUUAUUUCAUAUGGGGUUAUUCUAAAUGGGUAUUAAAAUUACCAUAUCGCUAUUUAUACAGCGGUACCUAGGUACCUCUUUCUAUGCCUGAAAACUUCAUAAGUAAGUACCUGAAUAUGAGGAAAAUAUGGGUGCAAUUUCUUGAAUUUAACUAUUACACCUAAGAAGGAUUCGAAAGUUUCGAACGUAUGAAAUGAGGUAAUAAUUUUUUUGCAUGAAAUGAUAAUAGUUAUUUAUACACCAAGUGAGUUAAAUGAAUGUUUAUUCAUGAGAAGAAAGUUUAAUCCACGAGCCCUAGCGAGUAGGUUAAUUUUUUUCGAAUGAAUACACAUUUUAACUCACGUGAUGUAUACAAAAAUUUAUCCCAUUUUGUGGAAAUUUAAAAAAUAAAGUACGAGGGAAAAUGCCGAGAGUGUGUUAAAAAUAUUUUAAAUCACUGAGGUUUCAGAUUUUUAGUUGGGCAGAGUGACUUAAAAUGCCGAGAGUGAGUUAAAAUGUUUGUAAAUUACUGAGGUGAUAAACGUCUACUUACCUUUAUUGUUAUGCGUUCAAUAAUAUCAUUUUUAAAAGUCAAAAUGGGAUAAUAAAUAUUAUGUUAGUCGUCCUUUAUAUCGCACAAAAUAGCAAUAUUAUUUGUUUAAUAUAUCGUUAUCAUUUCGUUAUAACUUAAAUUUUUGCGGAUUUUUGAUAAUGAAAUAUUCAUUAUACAGGAUUUUAUGAAUAUAAUUUUCACGAAAUCUGGGCUGUAAAAGCAUUUCUUGGAUUUUUCUCUUUGUAAAUAAAAUUGUUGUAAAAUAAUAAUUGUUCCC